UGUGACUAGGUGGAAAAUGAGCAUCACAGAUGUGCUUAGUGCUGAUGACAUCGCUGCUGCCCUGCAGGAAUGCCAAGACCCAGAUACUUUUGAACCCCAAAAAUUCUUCCAGACAUCAGGCCUCUCCAAGAUGUCAGCCAGUCAGGUGAAGGAUGUUUUCCGAUUCAUAGACAAUGAUCAGAGUGGAUAUCUGGAUGAAGAAGAGCUUAAGUUUUUCCUCCAGAAGUUUGAGAGUGGUGCUAGAGAACUGACCGAGUCAGAAACCAAGUCCUUGAUGGCCGCUGCAGAUAAUGAUGGAGAUGGAAAAAUUGGGGCUGAUGAAUUCCAAGAGAUGGUGCAUUCUUAA